AUGGCACCUAAACGUCGAAGAUCUGUAUCACCUCCGGCUGGCUCCUCUCCCGCUCACCCGUCUGCUUCUCCUCGACGCCGAGUUUCUCAGUCAUCGCUCCCUCCAUCCUCUCCCCCGCCACCCUUUUCAGACACAGAUGAUAGUUUGGACGAUAGAGAUGCUGUCCGCGACAUAGAUGAUGAAGGUGAAGACGAGGAAGGUGAUGGCGAAGAUCUUUUUGACGAUAACUUCCGAGCGGACUAUGCCGCAAAUGAGGAAUUGGACAGAUAUUCAGAAGCUGACAUUAAUGACGAUGAUGAAUUAGAAGAAAUAUCUGUUGCUGCGCGUCGUGCUGCAGAAGCUAAAAUGAGCCGUCGAGAUCGAAUGGAACGCAGUGGUAGAAGAGGCACUCGCGCUGCGCGACGCUCCCGUGCUCUACCCUUCUUGGAAGAUGAUGAUAUGGAUGAAGCGGGCGACGACGAUGUGUUGCGAAUGAAAAGGCGCACUCGAAGGCAAUAUGAUGAAAGAAUAGAUAUUGACGAUAUUGAUGGUGCAGAAGACGAGAUGCCUUUAGAACAGCUAAGCGAUAUCAAAGCAGCGUCGAUCGUUGAGUGGAUCGCAAACCAACGUGUUCGACAUACUAUAAUGAAAGGUUUCCGGGACUUCCUGUUCUCCUAUACAGAUGACCAGGGAUCAUCGGUUUACGGCAAUCGUAUUCGAAAUCUCGGCGAAACCAACUCGGAAUCGCUUGACGUCUCUUAUACCCACCUAGCAAUUGCAAUCCCCAUGCUGGCCUAUUUCCUUACCAACGCGCCUUCAGCAAUGCUAGAAAUUUUUGAUGAGGUCGCUCUGGAUUCCAUCCUUUACUACUAUCCGGCAUACGAGCGUAUCCACUCUGAGGUGCAUGUUCGGAUCUGCGACGUACCUCUGAGUCUCUCUCUGCGAGAACUUCGUCGUGCACAUCUUAAUAAUCUCGUCAGGGUUACCGGUGUCGUGACCAGGCGCAGUGGUGUAUUCCCGCAGUUAAAAUACGUCAAGUUCGAUUGCAAGAAGUGCGGUGCAGUGUUAGGUCCUUUUUACCAGGACGCGACAAAAGAGGUUAGGGUCAGCUACUGCUCAAACUGUGAAAGCAAAGGACCUUUCGCUAUCAAUACAGAGCAGACUGUAUAUCGUAAUUAUCAGAAGAUGACUUUGCAAGAGUCGCCCGGUUCCGUACCUGCAGGUCGGUUACCUCGGCAUCGUGAAGUCAUUAUGCUUUGGGAUCUUAUCGAUAGUGCAAAACCUGGAGAAGAAGUGGAGAUAACUGGGAUCUACCGGAACAACUUCGACGCCGCUUUGAACUCCAAGAACGGUUUCCCGGUUUUUUCGACGGUGAUAGAAGCGAAUCACGUCAACAAAAAAGAAGAUCUCUUUGCUGCCUUCCGUUUGACGGAAGAAGACGAAAAGGAAAUGCGUGCACUAGGUCGCGAUGACCGGAUAAGAAAACGAAUUUUCAAGUCUAUAGCACCAUCUAUAUACGGACACGAGGACAUCAAGACCGCAAUCGCACUAUCACUCUUUGGUGGGGUGUCAAAGGACAUUAAUCACAAACAUCGCAUUCGGGGCGAUAUAAAUGUCCUGCUUCUGGGCGAUCCAGGCACGGCGAAAUCCCAAUUCCUCAAGUACGUUGAAAAAACAGCACAUCGAUCGGUAUUUGCAACCGGUCAAGGUGCAUCCGCGGUUGGUCUGACAGCCAGUGUUCGCAAGGAUCCUAUCACCAGAGAGUGGACAUUAGAAGGGGGAGCGCUAGUUCUUGCUGACAAGGGAACAUGUCUUAUUGACGAGUUCGACAAAAUGAACGACGCAGAUCGAACAUCGAUUCAUGAAGCUAUGGAGCAACAGUCCAUCUCUAUUUCCAAAGCAGGUAUUGUCACCACUCUCCAAGCUCGUUGUGCAAUCAUUGCUGCAGCCAAUCCAAUUCGUGGAAAAUACAAUCCCACGAUACCUUUUCAGCAGAACGUCGAACUUACAGAACCCAUUCUGUCUCGCUUCGAUGUGCUUUGCGUAGUGAAGGACACGGUGGAUCCCGUGAUGGACGAACUGCUGGCUCGAUUUGUGGUUGGCAGUCACUUGAGGAGUCAUCCAGACUUUCAGAAGGAAACAGAAGAAAUGAACGUUGGUACGUCCUUGGACGCUGAUAUCAUACCGCAAGAUGUUCUUCGCAAGUACAUAAUGUACGCACGAGAAAAAGUUAAACCAAAGCUGUAUGAAGUCGACCAGGACAAGCUUUCGAGACUGUUUGCGGACCUUCGACGAGAGUCAAUGGCGACCGGUUCGUAUCCGAUUACAGUUCGACACCUCGAAAGUAUGAUUCGGAUGGCUGAAGCAAGUGCGAAAAUGUGCCUGAGGGAGUAUGUGCGGUCAGACGACAUUGAUUUGGCCAUCGAGGUCGCUGUAGGAAGCUUCGUUAGUACUCAAAAGAUGAGCAUUAAGAAGACGCUACAAAGGGGCUUCAGGAAGUACCUUACGCACUCCAAGGAUCACGAGGAGUUGCUAGCAUUCCUGCUCGGACAACUCGUCAAGGAGAAGGCUAGACUCUAUCAGCUCCAACGACAUGGGCAACCGGAACUAAUUACUGUCAAACCAAAAGAGUUGGAGGAGAGGGCCAAAGAACACGAAAUACAAGAUAUAUCUCCCUUUCUCCGUUCCAAGCUGUUUGCCGCCAAUGGCUACAACCUUGCGGAUAAUGCCAUCGAGAAGAGAUUUAGUCAUCGAGAGGAGUAG